CGCGGCUCCGGCACUUGACUGGCACUAGGUAACACUCUUAUUCCCGUGUAGCCGUCAGUACGCGGAGUGUGUACUACACAACUGCGCCUACUCAGGUGCGUCGUGCCAUCUCUCGUGAACGUCGUCGACUGUUGAAUGGCUGGAUGUCCAUUGUACGGUCCCAUCACGGCAACCGCAUCUAGGAACCUCGUGCGUCGUCGCAUUCGACCGGGGCCCCCGCCGGGUACCAUACAACAUCGGUUAUUGACGCAGAGAGGCUCGCUACAAAUCGAGUCCGUAACUCUGCUCCAAGGAUUUUCCAGUACAUGGACACGGGCCAAGGCCGAAGUGUGCUCGCUUCACUCGCGACGAAUACUGACCCUACCUACAGCCAGACACAAUUGCUGUGUGCAUGUGCCGCAGUCCAGGAAGAACUCGAUACGCACGCGAACGGAAAAUGCAUGGCGGAACAUUGGUCGUGCCCGUCACACCAACGAAAGAUGUCAGUCUGUGGGUUUGUGCUAUGCCAUCGAGACUACGUGCCAGCAGGACGAGGAAGUCUGGGGUCGACGCAUGCGCGGGUUGAUGCAUACGGACAGUAACAUCGGUGUCUUGAGGCUCGUGCUUAAAUUCGAGGUUCGCAUGCCUACAGGGACCAGAUCGCGGAUUUGGGCCCCCCGGCGUAGCUCGAGCUCAAGUGGUUUGCACCCAAGCAGCGCCGAAGCUCUCGCCACGCGCACACCGCCACGGCUGCGCGAACAUGCGCAGUUUCCUGUCGAGCUCGCGCGGCGCUGCACAAGUCGACUGUAAGUACGCGACCACUUCCGAAAACCCAGUCGGGUGCGGACUGCCUGAUCCAUCCACCCCAAGCCGCGCGAGCGGUCACGGAAGGUUCCAGAUAUACACGACGGUGAUCGGUCUGUGAAGGUCGCGUCUCCCGGUCCACCCUUCCACGGUUGCCGUAGGCGACUCGCUCGUCUGCGACUCGGCAGGCGGGCGACGGACACAUAGCAGCACCAGGUCGAGUAUACGCACCUCGAUCCCUGUUUGGGAGGCAGCUUGAUGAACACAGGGCGCUUGAAUUGUACAGUGAGAACCAGAAAGACGUCUCAUCAGUCUCGGUUGUGCCAGAAAAAUCGAUC